GAUCAGAUCAAAUUAAUGGCUUCCAAGGAGUUAGUUGAAUCACACAAAGUUUUCAUAUAUCAUACUUCAGAUGAGGAGCUUGAGGACACAGCUUGCUCUAUUUUGAAAAAUGGAAAGCGAACAGAUGCACCAACAAAAAGAAAAUUUUCUCCAUAUGACUUAUUCGUUAAAAAGACUGCAUGCUCAUGCAAUAAUGAAAAAAUCAAUUGGAAUAAAUUAGAGAGUAAUGACAACCCUGAAAAUAAUGAAGAAGGUGAUCUGUGGCCGUCUCCCACACCAAAGAGAAGAAAGAGAUUAACUGCACCUACUUAUUUUGCCAUUCUAACAACAAAGGAAUUCGGGACAGAGAUGCCUAAUAUGUCAAAUAAAAGUUGUUGUCAUGAAUGUUUAAAAGAAAAUUCAGUCCAAAGCAGCAUUGGGAGUUCCACACCUGAAAUAAGUGAAUCUGAUGACAACUUCAAUCUAUUCGAAAUCAAAAAGAAGAGAUUGACAGCUCCAGCUUAUCGAAAGUUUUUGAGAGAUUGCAAUAUGAGAGCUAAAAUUUUAAGGGAAUUCAACCAAACCAAUAAUUUGAUUCCGAUGUUGGAUGCAUGAAUGCUUAAUGAAGUUUUAGGGAAGAACGUAUUGCUUUGAUUUGCAAAUAUUCAGAAAUAAAUUUUAGAGGUUAAGUGGUGCAUAUAUUUGUUGUUAAAUGACUUUGAGUCUAUAUAGUUUCUUGAACUCUAAUUAGGUUUUGUUGCAUUCAUAAUU